AUGGUCUCGCUCGUCGCGGCUCUCGUUGGUGCGCUCGUUGCCGCGAUCACUGCGAGUCCGCAGCCCAUCGAGAUCGGGUAUCCCGUGCCGCUACACCUUCGCGCCAACAGCUCUGCGCCGUUCCACUACACCAUUCGUCGCGACGGCGCGAGUUUCCUCGCCAUCCACUUUACGGUCCUGACGCUCCCCCCGGCGUCGACGGUGUCGCUUGCUUGCGCCGACGGCUCCAAGCGCAUGGAGCUCAUUGGCACCCGCAACGACUUUUACACCGAGUCGUUCCCGUGUUCUAGCGUGGACAUUGCCUACACCGCCCCAACGUAUGCGGUGGCAAAUGCGACGGUGUUGGAGGUCGACCAAGUGAUCCACGGCACGCCCGACCCGUCGUCGUCGGGGCCUCUGGAAACCGUCUGCAGUAUCUCGGACGAGUCGCGCGCGGUGGCGUGCCUCGAAGCGCUCGAGCCUGCCAAGUAUAAAUUGAGUCGUGCCGUGGCCCGCCUCCGUCUUAGCGGCGGGCGGGGAUGCACGGGCUGGCUCUUUGGUUCGGAAGGGCACAUGCUCACCAACAGCCACUGCAUCAACUCCGAGCGGGGCGCCGCCAACACCCAAGUUGAGUUUGACGCGCGCUGCAGCACGUGCAAGGACCCGCAGAACAAGGUGGCGUCUGCUUGCCCCGGCACCGUCGUCGCCAGCAGCGUCAAGCUCGUUGUUUGGGAUGAGCUCCUCGACUUUGCACUCGUCAAGAUCGACAAUCCGAGUGUCGAUCUCGCGCAGUACGGCUACCUCCAAGGCCGCGACGCGCCCCCCGCACUCGGAGAGCACAUUUGGACGGCGCAUCACCCCAAGAGCUGGCCAAAACGCUUCUCGUUGACGUACAACGGCGACGAACCCAGUAUCACGGAUUUGGACAAGGCCAGCUGCAUGCCCAACUUCGAGUACACGGCAAAGGGCUCGAUCGGUCACUUGCUUGAUACUGCCGACGGCUCGUCUGGCGCGCCCGUCGAGCACGCCACGCAUACCGGGCAGUGUCUGGACGUGGACCCGACGGACCCGCACCACAACGUGCAGAUGUGGACGUGCAUUGCCGGCAACGACAACCAGCGCAUCGAGCUCGUGUCGCAAAUCUAA